AUGGAGGAAUUCAAUGCUUGUAUCAAUGACUGCCACAUGGCCCCUGUCAGCACAUCGGGCCAUAAAUAUACGUGGUGCAAUAACUUUGAGAGUAGGCCCCGCACUUGGCAAACUCUUGACAGAUUCUUCCAAUCCUCGGAUUUGUUGAUCUCGGGGAACCUGUCUGCCCAUGCUCUCCAUAGAUCUUUCUCUGAUCACUCCCCUAUCAUUCUCUCUUGGAGUAAUCAAUCUUAUGAAGGUCCUAGGCUUUGGAGAUUUCAGAGAAUGUGGACUCGGCAUGAAUCCUUCAAAGCUCAGGUCCUUCAUAUUUGGCAACGUCCUCGGUCUCACCCUCCCAUCAUUGAUAUUUGCAUGAAACUCAAGUCCCUCCGAUAUGCCCUAAAACAAUGGAAUUCCACCAUUUUUGGCAAUAUUUUCACUCAUAAGAAGGAUCUUGAAAACGAUAUUCUUCGAAUUGAAUCCUCCCUUCAGGCUCAAUGGGACCACUCCUCUCAUUCUGAGCUGCAGUCUAUAAAAGCUAAAUGGCAUGAAAUUGUUAUCCGGGAGGAAAUAUUCUGGAAACAAAAAUCGCGUAUUAGAUGGCUUAAGGAAGGGGACUCUAAUUCCAAAUUUUUCCAUGGUACAAAAAUCGCGUAUUAG